CAAGGGAAAUUUUUGCUGGUUUUAUACGCUUCGCUAAGAAGCAACGAUAGUUAGAGGUAGAUUACCGAAAUCCCAUUUAUCAGUUCACGUAUUUGUCGUCAUGCUUUACCAAUAUGUAAGAAAGAAGAAACUCUUGGCAUACAUAGGUCCUUGCCUAGACUAAUAAAUCAAUGGGUAAGGAAACUGUGCUCUCGCCUUCGCCUAUUUCAAGCUCGGUGUUAAGUUCAUGCGCCAAGUUGCAAUUUGUAUGUUCGUCCGACCAUCCUCGCUCUUCCGCUGGAAUGUAUUGACGCGGUACCUAUCCCAAAUGCAUGUUUUAUGGAACUCAUAAGAACCUUUCAUAUUAUAUUCGUUUUCUGACUUAUCAGUCCCCCUACCUUGGUCGUUCAUCUAUUCAGGUAAAAUAAAUGCAUUUACAAUUACAUGGAUUAGUAUAAUCAUUAUGACUAAUGCAUAAGUAAGCAAUGCACCGAGUAUAUAAAAAGGAGAAGUUGCAUGCAUUUUCUUAGUGCGCACCGACUUCUUUCGCUGUAAACAAGUGUAAAAGAAUUAGAAAUAAAUUAAUAAAAAAAUUAAUUUAAAAAAAGACAUGAACAUAAUGAAAAAUAUAAAGGAUUUCACGGUCAAUAAUGACGAUUUAAAAAAAAUGUCUAUUACGGAUUUCUAUAAAGAUCAGGAAAUAUUUAUAACCGGUGGCUCCGGGUUUAUAGGAAAAGCUCUGAUAGAGAAACUGUUACGUUCGUUUCCUAACUUUAAGAAAAUGUUUAUAUUGUUGCGUUCAAAAAAGAAUAAAACAGCCGAUGAGAGACUUCAAGAACUUUUAGAUAUUUCAAUAUUUCAGAGAGCACGAGAUGAGCAACCGGAAAGUUUUAAAAAAAUCCACGCUAUUGCUGGUGAUUGCCGGGAGCUAGGUUUAAGCAUCAGCAGUGAAGACCUCAAACGCAUCGAAAAUGUUACCAUUAUUUUUCAUUCGGCUGCCAAUGUCAGAUUCGAUAACCCUCUCAAGGAAUCCAUUUUUGUAAAUUUACGUGGCACUCAUGAAGUCUUAAAAAUUGCCGAAACGAUGACAAAGCUAAAGGCUUUCAUACACGUCUCCACUUUAUAUUCGAAUGUUGAUCAACCCUGCAUAUACGAAAAGAUUCUUCCAAAUUCUGCUGAUUGGCGUACGACCAUUAAAUUAGCUGAAACAUUUGAUGAGAAAACUUUGGACAUACUUUUUAAAAAGUAUAGUUCGAAUCACCCGAACACUUAUACAUUUGCAAAAAGUUUAAGUGAACAUCUUGUAAAUGAUUAUAAGAAUAAAUUGCCCGUUUUAGUAUAUCGCGUAGCUAUGGUGGUCAGUAGUGUUGAUGAGCCCGUACCCGGUUGGCUGGAUAAUGUGAAUGGUCCUUUUGGCUUAUUUCUGACUGCAUCACUUGGUUUAACGCGUACGGCACUUAUCAGCCCCCAUACAAAAUUGAAUAUGAUUCCAUGCGAUGCCACGGUUCACGGUUUAAUUAUAUCCGCGUAUGCUGUCGUCUCAGACGCUAGUUUUGCAAAUAAUUCAAAGGACUCUGUAGUAGUUUUAAACAGUUGUUAUUCAAAUGAAAAUUUAACCCCAAUGUGGAAAAUACUGCAUGAUGGCAAAAUGUUAGCUAAAGAAAAUCCUUCGGAAAACAUGGUAUGGCUUCCAGGUGGGAAAGUAACAGGUUCUUUUCCAGAAUACUUCAUUAGGGUAUGUUUCAAUUUUUAUUGUGAAUAA